AAGAGGCCUAGCAAGUGCUGAUCAUCAAAAGAUCGAAGAGACCUCUUGCGAAGUAUGUCCAUAUUCAAAAGAAUGGGGAUACUUCGUUCGCAUGCAGUUCAUACAUCACUUGCCCUCCGAUCUUUGAUAUCCCAAUCCACUUCUCGAGAAGCUUCGACAUAAUCGUCUACAACGUUGCAUACACCAUUUGUAUUUCUUGCCACCUUUUCCUUUGAUCUACAUGUACCUAUUUACUUCGAUCUAAACCUUCUCUUUACGUGAUCUUGAGUGGGAUUGAAAAUGGUGCUGUACCUUGCAUGCGAGCCUACCCCGCGCGGGGUUCAUCGGACAUAUAAAAUCAUUACGUUCUUCCAACAAUGGUAGUAUUGAUGAUAUUGGAUUUUUUUGGCCAUCAUGUAUUCACCUAGGUUGUCACUCAUACCUGUUGUUUGUCUCGUUGCCUCAUUUUUCCGCAGCGUGUCUGCUCAUUCGUCCCCCAAACUCAAGACCUGCGUUGUCGAGGCCGCGUGUGAUGGCUCCGAUGAUGCUCCAUCUGUGAUCAAAGCAUUCCAAGAAUGUGGCAAGAAUGGAAAGGUGGUGUUUCUAAACGAAACAUAUCACAUCAAUUCGAUUAUGAAUACGACAGGUCUGCAGAAUUGUGAAAUUGACUUACAAGGAACGCUUUUGUGGAGUACUGAUAUCCCUUACUGGUUGAAUCAUUCAAUGCCCGUGGGUUAUCAGAACCAAUCUUCUGCAUGGAUCUUUGGUGGGGAGAAUGUGCAUUGGAAAGGCCACGGAUAUGGCACCCUUGAUGGAAAUGGUCAAGUUUGGUAUGACUUCAAUAAUGGAACGAGCAACUACCCUCGAAGACCGCAUGCCAUUACCAUAUGGCAAACCAAGAACUCUAUUUUCGAAGGUAUCAGAUUUGUGCAAAGCCAAAUGUGGACUAUGACAGUCAUUCACAGCGAAAAUGUUUUGCUCCAAGAUAUUUAUGUCGACAGCACGUCCAGUACCAAGGCCUCCACGGUCAAUACAGAUGGAGCAGAUACGAUCUACGCCAACAACAUUACUUUCAAGCGAUGGAGCGUCACAAAUGGUGACGAUAGUAUAUCUCCAAAAGCCAACAGCACCAACAUCCACAUCUCAAACUGCACCUUCUACAAAGGAGUCGGCUUUGCCCUCGGUAGCAUCGGACAGUACAACGGCGUCUUCGAACGCAUCGAGAACUUCACUGCCGAAGAUGUCGUCUUCCACAAUACUCUACAUGCUGCAUAUAUCAAAACCUGGACUGGACAGCAAGUAGGAUACCCUCCAAAUGGCGGAGGUGGUGGAAUUGGCUAUGUCAAAAACGUCGUUCUCAAGAAUUUUCAGCUCAACAGCGUCCAACUUCCUACCAGUAUAACGCAAUGCAUAUCAUUUAGCAGCGCGAGUGGCAAUUGCAACACUUCCCUGUUCAAGAUCAGCGACAUCACACUCUCAAACUUGACAGGAACCACUACCACAGAUCCCAUCGCCUCAUUUCAAUGUAGUGCCGCAGCGCCCUGCGAAAACAUCACUUUAACCGACAUCAAUCUGACACUCACGAACGGAACCCAAGCAUAUGGCUGGAAUUGUAAUAAUCUGGAGGAAAGCAUAGGAUUCAAUUGCACGGGAAGUACAUGCGGGACAGCGAGUGCGGACGGGACAUGCUAAAAUUGCCUUGACUGAGACGAACCGCGCAGUACACAAGAAAUAGCCAAGUCCGGAAAUGACUUCCAAUACAAAUUUUCCG